GGUGCGCGAGUGGCUCUCUCCAUCGCUCUCCUCCUCUAGCGCCAUGGCUCUCCUCAUCGCUUCCUGGACGCUCCUGGCUCUUGCCGCACUCUGCCGGGUAGACGCGCUCCCCUACCGCGCCGUGGACUCGUGCGAGGGUCGCUGCGAUGCCCCCCUCGACAACGCGUUCACGUGUCAGUGCAACAGCGCGUGCGAGCGCUACGGCGACUGCUGCGCCGACUACUUCGCCCUGUGCAACUCGUUGCUGUCAUGCAAGGGUCGCUGCAAUGAGGCCUACGUGGCAACGAACCCGUGCCACUGCAACAGCAAGUGUCCCCAGUACUCCAACUGUUGCUCCGACUACAACGCACUGUGCGAGGGAGGGGCCCCUCCCAGUCCCACAUUGAUCACGGAGGCCGAGGUGCAGGCCUUGACGGAGAAGCUGCUGUCCCUGGACACAAACCGCGCUGCCGCCUCCGACAUUUCGCUCAACAAGCAAACGCUCAUCGCCAACUCGCAGACGGGCGCGGGGACGGACCACUCCUCCCAGCGGCUCUUCACGUCGGUGAACGAGGCCGUGCUCUUCAACCGCCCCACGUUCGCGAGCUUCCUCGCGCUGCGUGACAACUACGCGCGCAUCACCGGCACCACCGAGGCGUUCACCGCCGCCGAGCUCGAGGAGCAGCUGAACUUCUUGAGCCUCGCCCUCGACACGCCGCUCAUGAAGGAGCUCUUCCUCUUCCUGCAGGGCAAGGAGAGGUACACCACCGUGGAGGAGUUCAAGCUGGACCUGCAGAAGAUGUGGUUCGGCCUCUAUUCGCGCUACAACGGAGCCCAGGAUUCCAGCGGAUUUGAGCACAUCUUCCUUGGGGAGAUUAAAGGAGGCAAGGUGUCUGGAUUCCACAACUGGGUUUCGUUUUACCUCCUGGAGAAAGAAGGGAAACUCAACUACUUUAGCCACAACUGGGAUGGGCCGUGGACCGGCUACCCCGACGUGCUGGCCAUGCAGUUCAACUGGGACGGCUACUUCAAGGAAGUCGGCUCGGCUUUCAUUGGCAGCAGCCCGGAGUUCGAUCUGGCGAUGUACUCGCUGUGCUUCAUCUCCAAGCCCGACGGAGCGUGUAAAAUCAAGCUGGACGGCAACAUCAUUGGCAUCCAGACUUACACCUGGACCAAUUCCAGCUACGACAACGGCAAGAAAUACGUGGCGUCGGCUUACCCCAUUUCACCCUAACUUGGCCGUCAACGCCACGCCGCUCCUCCACCGUGAACAGCCAAGAACCCGCGGAACCACCGACUGACGCUCACCACUCUCAUUCACCCAUGGACACCAUCACACUUAAGUGGAAUACAUUGAAUCACCCAUAUGUAAAUGUACUUAAGAUAUCUGUCCAACUGAACAAUGUUUUCUCCCCCAGACUGCUCUAGUUUAAAGAUGUUAUGACAUUCACACGUAUCUGUCAGUGUGGUCGAAUACACAUAGGCCUAAGAUGAAAGGGAAAAUACGAGCACAUAACUCGGUUCUCCAAGCAACUGUUGUGCUUAAACCGUUCCAUAAUUUUAGUACCAACUGUUUGUCAUCUAAAGUUGUUAGUUUGUCACAUAGCAAGGACAUACUAUUAAUGUUAUGGUCAUCCUCAAGUCACUACAAUUUAAUUCAUUAAGUUGUAGUCAUUAAAAAUAAAUUGGUUACAUAACCUGGUGAUAAAAAUACAGGUUAAUUGGUAUUAAAAUAUAAAAAAAUGAAUUCCUUAAUAUGUUCUCUGAAACAAAAAUAAAUUUGAAAUGGAGUA